AUGUCCAGUGCAAUCAAAGCAAACGGUUAUCCACAACCAAUUCAAGCCCAACAACUCCUACAGUUUUCCGUCCCAGAUUAUGCCAUCCAGUCUCUUCACGUCUAUGAGAACUCGGCAUUGAGUAAAGCUUAUCUUGGGUACCGCGACGCGGCAUCACAACAGCUUGCUUGCGGAGUACCUGUCGCCGAAGUAUUUGGCCCAGAGGACUACACUGAUGUUGAACUGUUCUUCCGCGACCGCACCCCCAGUGAUCCAUACAACACAUGCUCCGUUGCAUGCGAGAUCUAUAAAAACAUCGAGGGUACAGACGUGUUCGCACGCCUAGUGGCAGUGAAACUGCUCACCCAUCUCAUGAGGUGGAUGCUCGUCCCCACCCCCGAAACCUACGCAAAACUCCCUGCUAUGAUUCGACCCUUGCCUGCCCAAAGACUGAUUCCUCAUAGUCCCUGCAUCGACACCAACCCUCACCCAGCUUUCCGCGAGGCGUUAAUGCUCCGGUACCGCGACUUUAUUACAUGCGGGGAGGUGAGAUAUUCCUACACGUCAGUCGAUUGGCCGUAUACACUGGCGGAAGCGGUUGAGACUGAUCCCAUUACCGGACGCCGGCGGCUCACUCGCGCUUUCGAGGAACAUGGCACGAAUCCCAGUAACUGGAGCUGGAAGCCGUCCAUCGCGGGAACUUUCCCUGAAAUUCCCGCUCUACUCCAUACAUUUGGUGGUCGGCUCAGAAAUCUUCAGUAA